AUGGUGCAUUCCAAACUUUUAGGAGUUGCAUUAGUGAUAUUACUCUUUGUUGAUCUUGCUUGUGGUGCAAGAUUCUAUGGUAUGCGAGAAGGCGGUGGCGGUGGCGGUGGUGGAGCGGGAGGUGGUGGUGGUGGAGGGUCAGCAUUGGGAGCAGGGUCAGGUUAUGGUUCAGGGUAUGGCUCUGGGGAAGGCUCAGGAUAUGGUGAGGCAGAUGAUGUGUUUGGGAGUGGCGGAGGCGGUGGAGGUGGCAGGGGUGGUGGUGGUGGCGGCGGUGGUGGAAACUCAGGAUGGGGUAGUGGCUCUGGAUAUGGCUCAGGCUCAGGGUAUGGAUCAGGUGGAGGAAUAGGAAGGGGUGGUGGUGGUGGAGGCGGUGGUGGCCAAGGUGGUGGUGGUGGAGGUGGCUCAGGAAGUGGUUCAGGAUAUGGUUCGGGGUAUGGAAGUGGAAGUGGUUCCGGUUAUGGAAGUGGUAGUGGAAGAGGCGGAGGAGGAGGCGGUGGUGGUGGUGGCGGCGGCGGAGGAGGUGGUGGCGGCAGCAAUGGUGGCAAUGGUUCGGGAUAUGGUAGUGGCUCCGGCUAUGGAUCAGGAUAUGGAGGAGGGAAUGGAGGCUACGGAGAGGAUGAACCUUGA